GUUCUCGGACCUCCGAGCCACGCCGGCCUGCAGAGCCCGCCCCCACCCCGGUUCCCACCACACAGAGGAGGGGAUUCUGGUCGCCGCCCCACAUCUGUUUGCUCGACCCAAAUUUGGGAGUGGGUGUCAGGUUCCCGGCGGGGGCGGGGCGGCCAGGCCUGAAGGACGUGGGGACACGGGCCAGACCGACUGGCCCCCCGCGCGGACGGAAGCGAACCCCAGCCGUGAGGGCCAACCUCCAGGAUGGCGGAAGCGCACCAGGCUGUGGCCUUCCAGUUCACUGUGACCCCAGACGGGGUGGACUUCCGACUCAGUCGGGAGGCCCUGAAGCACAUCUACCUGUCCGGGAUCAACUCCUGGAAGAAACGCCUGAUUCGCAUCAAGAAUGGCAUCCUCAGGGGUGUGUACCCUGGCAGCCCCACCAGCUGGCUAGUUGUUGUCAUGGCGACGGUGGGCUCUUCCUACUGCAAGGUGGACAUCUCCAUGGGACUGGUGUGCUGCAUCCAGAGAUGCCUCCCUGAGGGAUGUGGCCCCUACCAGACCCCACAGACCCGGGCACUUCUCAGCAUGGCCAUUUUCUCCACGGGGGUCUGGAUGAUGGGCAUCUUCUUCUUCCGCCAAACCCUGAAACUGCUUCUUUCCUACCACGGUUGGAUGUUCGAGAUGCACGGCCAGACCAGCCACUUCACCAAAGUCUGGGCUGUGAGCAGGAGCCGGUGGAGGGGUUCAGGCAUCUGGUUUGAGACUCUGGGGACCUCAUUUGGGGUUGUAAGCUGGGAGAGGCAGGUGGGGCAGUGGCACCUGGUGCAUGGGUUUGUCCUGGUUCUGAGGUUGUCCUGGGUUGGGGACCCAGCUCCUCAAAUGUGGCUGUUUCUGUUAUUUCCCCUGGUUCUCACCAGAAACAUUCUGUGUGCCCAGAUCUGUGUCCGCCUGCUGUCCAGCCGGAGGCCCAUGCUCUACAGCUUCCAGACAUCCCUGCCCAAGCUUCCUGUGCCCAGUGUGCCGGCCACAGUUCAGCGGUACUUGGAGUCUGUGCGGCCCUUGCUGGAUGAUGAGAAAUACUACCGAAUGGAGGUCCUGGCCAAGGAAUUCCAGGACAAGACCGCCCCCCGGCUGCAGAAGUACCUGGUCCUCAAGUCAUGGUGGGCAACCAACUAUGUGAGUGACUGGUGGGAAGAGUACGUGUACCUGCGCAGCAGGGCGCCUCUUGUGGUGAACAGCAACUACUAUGUCAUGGACUUGGUGCUCAUCAAGAAUACAAACAUCCAGGCAGCCCGCCUGGGCAAUGUCGUGCAUGCUAUGAUCAUGUACCGCCGUAAACUGGACCGCGAGGAGAUCAAGCCUGUGAUGGCCCUGGGCAUCGUGCCCAUGUGUUCCUACCAGAUGGAGAGGAUGUUCAACACGACCCGGAUCCCGGGCAAGGAGACAGAUCUGCUGCAGCACCUGUCGGACAGCAGGCACGUGGCUGUCUACCACAAGGGCCGCUUCUUCAAGCUGUGGCUGUACGAGGGCUCCCAGCUGCUCAAGCCCUGCGACCUGGAGCUGCAGUUCCAGAGGAUCUUGGACGACCCGUCCCCGCCCCAGCCCGGGGAGGAGAAGCUAGCAGCGCUCACGGCCGGGGGAAGACUGGAGUGGGCACAGGCGCGCCAGGCCUUCUUCAGCUCCGGCAAGAACAAGGCUGCUCUGGAUGCCAUCGAGCGAGCUGCCUUCUUUGUGGCCCUGGACGAGGAGUCUCACCACUACGACCCCGAGGAUGAGGCCAGCCUCAGCCUAUACGGCAAGGCCCUGCUGCACGGCAACUGCUACAACAGGUGGUUCGACAAGUCUUUCACAGUCAUCGCCUUCAAGAACGGCCAGCUGGGCCUCAACACAGAACACGCAUGGGCAGACGCCCCCAUCAUAGGGCACCUCUGGGAGUUUGUCUUGGGUACCGAGACCUUCCACCUCGGCUACACGGAGACUGGGCACUGCCAGGGCAAAGCUAACCCCGCGCUGGCCGCUCCCCAGCGGCUGCAGUGGGACAUCCCUGAGCAGUGCCGAGCGGUCAUCGAGAGCUCCUGCCAGGUGGCCAUGGCGCUAGCCGACGACGUGGAGCUGUACUGCUUCCAGUUCCUGCCAUUCGGCAAAGGCCUCAUCAAGAAGUGUCGCACUAGCCCGGACGCCUUUGUGCAGAUUGCCCUGCAGCUCGCCCACUUCCGGGACAGGGGCAAGUUCUGUCUCACCUACGAGGCCUCCAUGACCAGGAUGUUCCGGGAGGGACGGACUGAGACCGUGCGCUCCUGCACCAGCGAGUCCACGGCCUUUGUGCAGGCCAUGGCGGAGGGGUCCCACAUGAAAGCUGACCUCCGAGACCUCUUCCGGAAGGCUUCCAAGAAACACCAGAAUAUGUACCGCCUGGCAAUGACAGGGGCUGGCAUAGACAGGCACCUCUUCUGCCUCUACGUGGUCUCCAAGUACCUGGGGGUCAGCUCCCCUUUCCUGGCUGAGGUGCUCUCGGAGCCCUGGCGCCUCUCCACCAGCCAGAUUGCUCAAUUCCAAAUCCGCAUGUUCGACCCAGACAAGUACCCCAAACACCUGGGCGCCGGUGGUGGCUUUGGCCCCGUGGCAGACGAUGGCUACGGGGUUUCCUACAUGAUCGCGGGCGAGAACACCAUCUUCUUCCACAUCUCCAGCAAGUUCUCGAGCUCGGAGACGAACGCCCAGCGCUUUGGAAACCACAUCCGCCAAGCUCUGCUGGACAUCGCUGAUCUUUUCCAAGGUCCCAAGGCUGACAGCUGAGGGCUGGAGACAGGCCAGCUGCCCUGUCAUCCCCGCACUGUGGAGGAGGGGGCCCGUGGUCAGCUCGAGGCACAGGGGUGGCCAUGCACGGGUGCCCAGGCUCCAAGGACACCUCCAGCAGUAGGCCCUCCCCAGGCAAAUGCUGCUCUCUGAGGGCCCAGGCAGUGGAAGUGGGGUUGAA